AUGGCCGCGGGGUCGCCCGGGCAGCGGCUGCGCGAGGAGGCGCGGUGCCCCGUGUGCCUGGACUUCCUGCAGGACCCGGUCAGCGUGGACUGCGGCCACAGCUUCUGCCUGCGCUGCAUCUCCGAGUUCUGCGACAGGUCGGACAGCGAGCAGGGAGGCCUCUUCGCCUGCCCGCAGUGCCGCGGCCCCUUCACGCGGGAGGGCUUCCGGCCCAACCGGCAGCUGGCCAGCCUGGUGGACGGCGUGCGGCGGCUGGGGCUGGGCGCGGGGCCCUCGCGUGCGCAGUGCGCGCGGCACGGCCAGGAGCUCAGCCGCUUCUGCGAGGAAGACCAGGCGGCGCUGUGCUGGGCGUGUGACUCCGGCCCUGAGCACAGGGGCCACCGCACGGCGCCGCUGCAGGAGGCCGCCCAGCGCCACCAGGCAAAUCUCCAGGCGGCCCUGGAGCUCGUAAGGAAAGAGAUGGAGGAGGCCUUGACACAGGAGGCCAGCGUUGGGAAGAAAACCAUCAUUUGGAAGGAGAAAGUGGAAAUGCAGAGGCAGCGCUUCAGGCUUGAGUUUGAGAAGUGCCGUGGCUUCCUGGCGCAGGAGGAGCAGCUGCAGCUGCGGCAGCUGGAGCAGGAGGAGCGCGCGACGCUGCAGAGACUGCGCCACUGCCAGAGACAGCUCGUGCAGCACGGCCAGGCGCUGGGGGAGCUGGCCCAGGAGCUGGACGACCGCUGCGGGCGCCCGGCCGUGGACCUGCUGGAGGGGGUGAGAGGAGCCUUGAGCCGAAGUAAGAGUGUUACACGGCCAGAACCGGAGACCAUCCCCUUGGAGCUGAAAACAAUGUGUCGCAUCCCUGGGAUGAGAGAUAUGUUGAGAAAGUUCCAAGUUGAUGUGAAGCUGGACCCCGCCACAGCACAUCCUAGCCUCCUCUUGACCGCUGACCUGCGCAGUGUGCAGGAUGGGGAACUGUGGAGGGAUGUCCCCAACAACCCUGAGCGAUUUGACACGUGGCCCUGUGUCCUGGGUUUGCAGAACUUUUCAUCAGGAAGGCAUUACUGGGAAGUCCUGGUGGGAGAAAAAGCAGAGUGGGGUUUAGGAGUCUGUCAGGACACAGUGCUAAGAAAGGGGGAAACCACACCGUCUCCUGAGAAUGGAGUCUGGGCCAUGUGGCUGCUGAAAGGCAACGAGUACAUGGUCCUCGCCUCCCCUUCUGUGCCUCUUGUCCACCUAGAACGGCCUCGUCGCAUUGGGAUUUUCUUGGACCAUGAAGCAGGUGAAAUCUCCUUUUAUAACAUCACGAAUGGGUCUUACAUCUACACAUUCAGCCAACUGUUCACUGGUGUUCUCCGACCUUACUUUUUCAUCUGUGACACAACUCCUCUUGCCCUGCCACCCAUUACAGAGGUAGAGUCAGGACCCUGUGCCUCCAGCAGUCAUCUCGACCCUGCUCCUAACUCCGUAGAUAACCAUUCCUAAAAUCCUGUCAUGAGACGCCCUCUAAGCACAGCAGUUUCCUGGAGUGGAGUGGAGGAUAUACAAAUAUCCCCAUUGAGGGCAGCACUUUAGUCAUUGUUGCUGUGGGUAUUUUCCCAUAGGGACAAAGAAAAAAUGAAAUGUUUGCAUUUGGAGGAGCAUUACGAAAUAUAUAAUCCUGGAAAUGGAACGUCCUCAUCAUCCUUUGUCCAGGUGGCCCCACGUGCUUUCCUAAUGAGUCUCUUCAAAUGAAUGGAUCUUGUAUUAAAUGUAUCUACACAUGCAUUAUAAUUUCUCAUUUCUUUCAAUAUCCUUUUACU